AAAUCUCUUAAACUUUAGUAGCUUCUUUUCUCGACCAAUUCUGUUUUUCUUAGGGUUUGGUUUGGCAUGUUGUUUUGGUCGGUAUUUUAUCGUACUAGGUGUUUCCAUUCGACUGAAACUGAGGGAAAUCAUCAUGAACGGUAGUUGGAUUACAAUCCUCUCUUUGUUGGUAAUUUCUCAGCUGGCUUCUUCGAAAGUAACGUUGAUCGGGAAAAACACAUUUCUCUCAUUUGAUGAUGUCGAAGCAAAUUUCACACCAGUUGUUAGAAGAUCGGGAGAAUACGGAUUGUUGUACGCUGCAGAGCCUCUUGAUGCGUGCUCGUACUUAACAAACAUGGCGGAAAAAGGUUCGAAAUUUAGGCCCUCGUAUGUAUUGAUCGUCCGUGGUGGCUGUAGUUUUGAGGAAAAAAUAAGAAAUGCGCAGGAAGCUGGAUACAAAGCUGCGAUCGUCUAUAACGAUAGAUAUGAGGAGCUCUUAGUACGUAUGGCAGGAAAUUCAUCUGGUGUCUAUAUACAUGGUGUGCUUGUUACAAGAACAUCAGGGGAGGUACUUAAAGAGUAUACCAGUCGAGCUGAGAUGGAGCUCUUGCUCAUCCCGGGAUUCGGGAUUUCAUCUUGGUCAAUCAUGGCUAUCACUUUCGUAUCGUUACUCGUCAUUUCUGCCGUCCUAGCCUCUUAUUUCUCUGUCCGUAGGCAUCGAAUUAGACAGCAUGUGAGGGAUUUACAUCAUGGUGGCCAAGGACAUUCUCGUAUGCCAAAAGACUUGUUGCAAAGCAUGCCGACUGAAGUAUAUACCGGUGUUCUUGAAGAAGGUUCGACUUCUGUUACUUGUGCUAUAUGUAUUGAUGAUUAUCGCGUUGGUGAAAUACUCAGGAUCCUACCUUGCAAACACAAAUAUCAUGCGGUGUGUAUCGAUUCUUGGCUCGGACGUUGUAGAUCCUUUUGUCCGGUUUGUAAACAAAAUCCAAGAACAGGAAAUGAUGUACCACCAGCAUCAGAAACAACACCUUUGAUUUCUCCUGGUCCGAACUCUAUUACUUCACUACAAUCGUUUUAUGAUCUACCAAUAGUUGUCAGAGUAUAUCUGUAA